AUGGCAACAAACUAUCACAAUUAUCCCCAAGGAACACCUGUCAUUUCACAGCCACAGCAAGCAGGCAUUCAGCCAAUUUAUAUUAUGCAAAAUCAGAACACAGAUGUUCAACAUGGUUGCCAUUGUAUACUUUGGUUAUUAACUGGUGGGCUAUGGACACCGUGUUGGUUAGCAGCUUGCUGCGGAUGCUGUUGCCAACGGCCGUGUUAG